AGCGGAAGUGGUCGCGGGGCUUGCCGGGAUUUGUAGUUAGACGCUCCGAUGGCCGGUUGCGGAGUACACGGCCAAUUUAGGCGUCCCCGUUACUAAGGAGUAGGUGGGGAAGAUAGUGGCAAACACCACAGUGGAGCGGCUCCGAGAUCCCCGGGAGGUUCGCAGGUGCUCAUCCUGCCUGACCCGCAAGUCGCCUCGGCGGACUGCUCGGAGGCGGAAGCGACGCCAGAGGCAGGUCAAGAAACAGGUCAAGAAACAGAAGAAAAAGGACACCAAGAGGCUAUUCUCAAAGUCAAAGAUCAAGGAGAUGGCCUCCUCAGGAGUCUACAAGCUGGAUAAUGGGAAGCCUUACCUGAACAACUGCUUUCCAGCCAAAAAUCUGCUUCAAAUGCCGGAAGGAGGGAGGGGGCAUUGGCUAGUGGCUCGGAAAGGUAACCUCAAGAAGAAGUCCCAAGGUGUGGUUGCAGUACCCUCCGCGGGUCAAGAAAGCCAGAAGAAGGUUUGUUUUGAGGUUGGAAAGAAGAAACUGUCACAUCAGAAAAUCCAAGCAGACAUUCCUGGACACAUCCUGGACCGUGCUUUUCUGCUAAAGCACCACUGUGUGAGGAAACCAUCAGACCUAUGCACCAUCAAUGUGAGCGGCCUGAAGUUCUCCAAGGCAAAGGAGAAGGACUUCAAGCACUUUCAUUCUGUGAUUUAUAUCAAUGCCUCAGAAAAUCUGCUGCCUCUAGAGAUAUUCCAUACAUUUCCAGCCUUAAAGGAACUGGAGCUUGCAUUCAGUGGCAUCAAGACAGUCUACAUGAAGUAUGGAGACUUUAAGUCAUUGGAAUUCUUGGACCUUUCCUUCAACAGCCUGACUGCAGAGGCCAUCUCUGACCUGGGGAUUCUGCCACACCUCCGCGUCCUGCUCCUCACGGGCAAUGGGCUCACAUCCCUACCACCCAACUUGGCUGUCACAGAACAGGAGGCAUCCGUCUCAUCGUUGACAAACAAGAGGUAUAUCCUGAGGUUCCCAGCACUGGAGACACUGAUGCUGGAUGACAACAAACUCUCCAACCCCAACUGUUUUGCCAGCCUGGCCGGGCUCAGGAGACUGAAGAAGUUAAGCUUGGAUCAAAACAGGAUUUUCCGGAUCCCAUACCUACAGCAGGUUCAGCUCCGUGAUUGGUCAGGGGACUGGGUUGGAGGCAGGGCAAGUCCUCAGAAAGAGCCCCAGUCCAUGCUGCAACCCAGCUCGUGGAUGUAUGAGGCCUCAGACGACCAGCCCAACUAUACCAUUCUGCCCAUGAAGAAGGAUGUUGACCGGACAGAAGUUGUGUUCUUAUCUUACCCGGGAUUUUCAACCUCAGAGACAACCAAGGUAUGUUCACUUCCUCCCAUAUUUGAGAUUCUUCCUGUGAAGUCACUGAAGGCCAGGAACCAGACACUGGCUCCUCCCUUCCCGGAGCUGAGAUACCUUAGCCUGGCCUACAACAAGAUUGCGAAGGAGGAUGCCCUCCUGCCCAUAGCUCUCUUUCCAUCCCUCUGUGAACUCAUCUUUCAUAACAACCCUCUGGUGGCCCACACACGAGGGGUUCCUCCACUGCUAAAGAGCUUCCUCCAGGAGCGACUGGGGAUCCACUUAAUUCGAAGGAAAGUAGUAAAGGCUAAGCAUCGGAUUCUGAUACCUCAGAAGGAGUCACGGAAGGUGAAAACACAAGUCCCCAAGGUGCCAAAGCAGCCUCUGUUGCUCCAUCACCCACCUUUGACCACCAUCCAGUCUCCCUCCUGGAAUCUGUUAGAACCAGAGGCAGGGCUGGCUGAAGAGCUGCCCCCCGUCAGAAGCACUUCUGUGGAGACACAUCCGCACAUCGAGGGCCCGGAAGGCCUUAACCUGUCCAGUCGGAGCUUUGUGCCGCUGGCUCCUAUCAGCUCUAACUCCACAGUGCACAGUGAAGAGACCAUGUCCCGUCCGGGGAAAACAGCUGGCUGCCUCAGCCCAGAGCACCGAUCAGAUGAGGACACCAAGAGCACAGAGUCUAUCUUCUUGACCCAGGUGAGUGAGCUGCCUUCCUUCAUCACCCGUGUGGGUGAUAUAGAGGUAAAGGAGAAAGACCAAAGGAGACUGGUAACAGUACCUUCCAAGGUAAAGACUCAGAGGAAGCUCCCAUCUUCCUCCAUUCCCAGCAAGUACCAUGGAUAUGAGGAACUGCUGACAACCAAACCUGAUCCAGCCUUUGUUGAGCCAAAAGGCAUCCAGAAGAAUGCACAAGCCCUGCAGCAGAUGCUCAAGCACCCACUCAUCUACCGCUCCUCCAAGCCCAAGCUGGACUCUUUUCAGAAGCACUAUGUUCCCAGGGAGAAGAAGCCCCCGAGGAUUCCUGUUCCACCCCCACGGAAAACUCGAGCCGAGCUGCUGGAUGACAUCCUCGUUCGAAUGCAGGAUCCCCGGAACAUUACAGAGGCUCCACUAGGCUCCGUGCUGCACGGGCAGGCAGAGCCAAGGCUCGUGAACCGUAGGCAGUACCUGGAGGCCAAGCGGCUGCUCAAAGAGUUCCAGGCGCGCUACCGGCGGCUGGUGCGCGGCUCUCUGCGGACUGUGUUUGGGGCCACUCCACCGACCCCAGCCCUGCAGGCGCCCGGCGAGAGCUCACCCAAGUUUGGCCGCUUCCUUGAGUUCAUGGAUGAGUUCUGCCAGGAGCCCAUAUCCAGUGACUCAAAAACCUAGAGCUGCACGUGAGUCGUAUGUGCUGCCUGGCCAGCAUCCCCAUCCUCCCCAAGGCCUCUGCACCCCUGAACGUGCCCAGCUGGGUCCUGAGCGGGCCUCCGAGCUUGCCUUGACCUUGCUCACUGGUCGCAGAGUGGGGGGCUUGUCAGGACCUCUCCACUGGCCCAGCAGCAAUAAAGAGUGAGUACUUAGAGCUGCUGAGUGGGCGCCAGGCAUUCUUCCUUGAAAGCCGGGCCAGGACCACAGCGACAUUGUCACAUUGGAGAGAAGUCCUUGCUGGUGCAUUCAUCUCACAGGUCCUGUGGGAAACUCAGUGGAAUCGUGCAUAAACAGCUGUGAAAAGUGUUAGGUCAGAAAUGGGAUGGGAACAGUAGCAGCACAGAAUCUAAGGUGCAGAAGGUAAUGAUUUUUGCCCACGGGCUGUACCACACAGGGAGGCAAAACCAAGGUCUAUAGUACCCUGAAAUGUGCUUUUUCUGUUGGGCAGCUUUUUCCAUGGUAAUGAGAAAGAGGAGAUUGAGUGGUCCCUUAUUAGAUGGCCACAGUCACAAAGGUGGGACAAGCAGGGAGGGUUUAUGUGGAGUUUCCCAGGGCCCUUCCUGUAAUCCAAGACACAAGCUAAAGAUACAGAAGCAAACACGUAGGCUGAGCCUCCAAAACACACCUUGGGGCUGUGCAAAGUCACAGGGGCUUCCAGUAAGUAAACAGUUGUGAAAAGGUGGGCUGUGGAGUUGCCCCAUGCUUGAUGUAUGCUUAGUAGGCAGCAGCACCUGUAUGGAGAAGGCCUGUAUUCCAGGGAUGAUGCUGGGUAUGACCUAGUCACAUAGGCAACCCAUUCUCCUCUCCUGGGGAUGCCUAUAAUUCAGACCUUGGUAGCAGGUCUGCAGUUCCCAGCGUCUAAGAAGCAGUGGCACAAGAAUUAAGGAUCCUCCACAAGGCAGUUCCCCACUACCUAAACUGUAACUAAAUAUUUGCAUACUAUUGUACUCAACCACAGUCUCACAAGUGUAGCCAGUUAAAUAAAUGUUUCUACUCAGCUAUGCCCCUCCCACACAGAUUCCUCAUUACAGCAUGCUACACGGGUCACACCAAGUGACAAAAUGUGUAUCUCUUGAUACAGGCACCUGAACAGAUGCAGGUAAUAUACUGUAAGUCCCAACAGCAGCCUAUGCACAGGAAUGUUGCUGACCAGCUAGAAUUUCCCGCGGCCCCGAACUGCCCUUCCACACUGUCACACUCACCAGGUUCCAGUUCUGAGCGCUACCUGGACUGUAUUUUCAGCCAUAAAUUCUAUCAAACCAUAGGCUUGCAGGCCCACAAGGCUCCUGAGCAAGUCCAUCCCAAAGUCAAGGAAGGCAGCUUCAGAACUCCCUAGUAGUUGAGAUACUGUGUAUACAUCUAGUGACUGGGAGCUUGUUCCCCACAAAAGGCUGUCCUUUCCUUUGUUGGGAAAGCUGUUCCUUUGUUGUUCAAGCCACUGAGCUGUACUGCCUAUGUGCCUCAGUGGUCCUAGUUCUUUUUCAGCCAAAAGUAUAUGUGCUGUCUGCCCACCCAAGUCAACAUUUCAUUAACGUGAGAAUAUCCUGAAGGGGAACACUUUGGCCAAACACUACUUUCUCAGUUAAGGAUAAAUAAAUUGGUUGCUUCUAGACUUGCUGAGAUUCUGCUGCUCAUUCCAAAUUUCUGAUCUGAUUAGCUUUCUCAUCAUGGAGGCUGUAGCAAGUGGUAGAUUUUCCCCUCAUACAUAAUCAAAUGCUAUCAGAAAGGACUGCCAAGAAGGAAGCCAGUAUCCAGUGACUGCCCCUUCUCUAGGAAGACCUGACAAGACCAUGUGGUACUCUUUCUUACACAUCCUUUCAGCUGUAGCUCAGGUGUUCUUUAGUCUUUCCAAACUGAACUGUUUUUCUGGUCAUGGAUCUAAGACACCAGUGAGCACUCUAGGAGUGACAUGUGGCCAAAAGAGAGGUGAAGUAAUGCAAAUUGUGUCUCACAUCCCUGCUGCCUUAGAAUGCCUCCCUCCUCUACAAUGGGUGCAGAGACAAGACUGUGUGGUCUCUAUCCCUGCCAGUCCCAGCCCAGGCAGCAGAGUGGGGUGUAUGGGUGUCUAUCCCAGAAAACAACUGGAACACACUGUCAACCAAGGAUAGUUGUAGAGGGUGGGAUCACUCUAAGGUUGGCUUAGGCCAAGACAGAAAAAGCAGUUAGCAGCUUUGGGUAUCAGAGGCUUCUAGAUUAUGAAGAACUGUUCAGUCUAGAGUUUCCACCUGCAAAUGAGGACCAUUGCAUCUAUCAUACCUAGCUGUAAGGAAUUUAAUGAGUGGCACACAGAGUAGUUUGUUAGUUUAGGGACUAAGAGACAACCAAGUACUGUUAUCUCAUUUCCAACUAACUGCAAUGUUUAUUUCAGCCAGCUUUCUUUUGAAGGUCUUGGGCCAGAUUAUUUCAAAGGUCUUUCAAGUGCUAGUUUACCACAUAUGAUAUUUACUCCUAAAAGUCUUCCAGAUCAAUUUCUCAACUUUAGAUAGAAAAGGAAUACAUGCAUUCUUGUUGGAUGAAAAACUGAUGCUGAGUAUUUUGAAUCCCUGAACAAUUGUUCCCCCA